GAGAGUGCUUAGCAUAUUACCACGUUAAAUUACGUUAUAUAAUCCUCUAAAUUCCCUAUAGCCUUCAUGCAUUGAACUAAAACUUUGUUAACAAAAUUUACAAGAUUCAACACAUUGUUGAUAUGGAGACCAACAAGAAUUCGGACGCGGUGGCGAUUAAUGCAGAGAAAUUAGGAACACAAAGUGUGGUUGCAAGUGAAAAUGAAUUGGAAAUACCCUUGUUAGAAGAUGUACUAAUGGCUGAAAAACCACAGAAAACACCAGCACAAAAGGUUAUAAGAAAAACAUUCAAGAAAACAGCCCUUUUAUCAAAUCUUCUGCCUUCAGGUUCAGUUCUUGCAUUCCAAAUAUUGUCACCAGUUAUAACACAUGAAGGCCAAUGUCAUUCAUCAAUUAGCCAUUCCAUGACAUUAGGCCUUUUAGGCUUUUGCGCGAUUUCUUGUUUUAUCCUCUGUUUUACGGACAGUUUUCGAGAUGAAAGAGGCAAAGUCCGUUAUGGAUUGGCUACAUUCAGUGGCCUUUUGAUUAUUGAUGGAUCACGCCCUCCUGAGGAUGCAGAAAAAUACAAGCUGAAAUUUUUGGAUUUCUUUCAUGCCCUUUUGUCAAUACUUGUUUUUGGUGCUGUCGCGACGUUUGAUCAAAAUGUGAUCAAAUGCUUGUAUCCUUCUCCAUCACCAGAUGCUCAGGAGAUCCUCGCGAUAUUGCCAAUGGCUGUGGGAGUGAUCUGCACAUUGAUGUUCGUUGCGUUUCCUACCACUCGCCAUGGAAUUGGCUUCCCUCUUUCACGCCAUUAGAUUCAUAUUUCUUUUUUCGUACGCAAUUGUCUAACAUAAAAAUCAUUUUCCCAUUCUUCCUACUCCCAGACAAACAUAUGCUAGGUUGAAGCUGGAUUCAGAAAAGAAUCAAAGAUCAGCAGCGCUGCAUAUAUGAUAUUUUCAGGACAAGAAAUAUUGGACUAGACUGCUCUUUAUGUAGAUGUAGUCUAAGAUAGUGUGAUAUUCAACCGUCGCACGUUCCCCUUUGGCUAAACCACUGGAAUAAGAUCUAAAAUAAGCCUCAGAUGCAGGCUAGCUAUUGGAUGACUCGUGUACUUAAUUCUUCUUGACAAUGUACGGGGUCACAUUGACCGAGGGUGGUCAAUUGUAUCCUCUUUAUCGGAAGGUUACAUUAUAGUUUUUUUUUUUUUU